GGUUGCACCAUCGUUACAACUCUAAGAAAUCAAGCACUUAUGUUCAGAAUGGCACAGACUUCUCGAUCCGAUACGGCAGGGGGAGUCUCUCUGGCUUCAUCAGUCAGGAUACAGUCACUUUGGCAGGGCUGAAGGUGCCAAACCAGCAGUUUGCAGAGGCGGUCAAACAGCCUGGGAUCGUGUUCGCGGUGGCACGUUUUGAUGGCGUCCUGGGCAUGGCAUACCCCACCAUUUCUGUAGAUGGGAUUACGCCAGUGUUUGACACGGCCAUGGCUGCCAAAAUCCUGCCCCAGAAUAUCUUCUCUUUUUAUAUCAACCGGGACCCUGCAGGUGAGGUUGGAGGUGAGCUGAUGCUGGGAGGCUUUGACCAGCAGUAUUUUGACGGUGAUCUGCAUUACGUCAACGUCACACGAAAAGCCUACUGGCAGAUAAAGAUGGAUGAAGUUCAGGUGGGUGGCACUCUUACCCUCUGCAAAAACGGAUGCCAGGCAAUUGUUGACACUGGAACAUCAAUGAUCACAGGGCCGGUUCAAGAGGUGCGGGCCCUGCAGAAAGCCAUCGGAGCCAUACCACUGCUGAUGGGAGAGUACUGGAUUGACUGUAAGAGGAUUCCAUCACUUCCUGUUGUUUCCUUCAGCCUGGGAGGGAAGAUGUUUAACUUAACUGGAGAGAACUAUGUUUUGAAGGUGCGUCCCCCUCUUUACAGAAUCUGGUGGGGUUUAUAUAGAG